CUGGGUGACGUCACGGGCCGGGCGUGACGUGCCGGUGGCGCGGGCCGCUGGGAGCUGGCCGGGAUCCGCGCUCGCCCCCCUCCCCCCCUCCCCACUACGGGUCGCGGCUGGGGGCGUCCCGGCGGCGGGGACGCGGCUCCCCCCUCCCCCUCCCUCGCCCCAGCGCUUCGAUCCAAGAUGGCGGCGCUGAGCAGCGGCAGCAGCGCGGAGGGGGCCUCGCUCUUCAACGGGGACAUGGAGCCCGAGCCGCCGCCGCCGCCGCCCGCGCUCGGCGCCUGCUACGCGGGGGGCAGCGGCGGCAGCGGCGACCCGGCCAUCCCGGAGGAGGUGUGGAAUAUCAAACAAAUGAUUAAAUUAACACAAGAACAUAUAGAGGCACUGCUAGACAAAUUUGGAGGAGAGCAUAACCCACCAUCAAUAUAUUUAGAGGCCUAUGAAGAGUACACCAGCAAACUAGAUGCUCUACAGCAGAGAGAACAGCAGUUACUGGAAUCCAUGGGGAAUGGAACGGAUUUCUCUGUCUCCAGUUCGGCUUCAACAGACACAGUUGCAUCAUCUUCGUCCUCUAGCCUCUCUGUAGCACCUUCAUCCCUUUCGGUUUAUCAAAACCCUGCUGAUAUGUCACGGAAUAACCCUAAGUCUCCACAGAAGCCUAUUGUUAGAGUCUUCCUGCCCAACAAGCAAAGGACUGUGGUUCCAGCAAGAUGUGGAGUGACAGUCCGAGACAGCCUAAAGAAGGCUCUGAUGAUGAGAGGUCUUAUUCCAGAAUGCUGUGCUGUUUACAGAAUACAAGAUGGAGAGAAGAAGCCAAUUGGCUGGGACACUGACAUUUCCUGGCUCACAGGAGAGGAGUUGCAUGUGGAAGUCUUGGAGAAUGUGCCACUCACGACACACAAUUUUGUACGAAAAACAUUCUUCACGUUAGCAUUCUGCGACUUUUGUCGAAAGCUGCUUUUCCAGGGAUUCCGGUGCCAGACAUGUGGCUACAAAUUUCACCAGCGUUGUAGUACAGAAGUGCCACUGAUGUGUGUUAAUUAUGACCAACUUGAUUUGCUGUUUGUCUCCAAGUUCUUUGAACAUCACCCCAUAUCACAGGAGGAGGCCUCCUUAGGAGAGACCACCCCAGCAUCUGGAUCGUACCCCUCAGUGCCCCCCUCAGAUUCUGUUGGACCACCAAUUCUCCCUAGUCCUUCUCCUUCAAAAUCCAUUCCAAUCCCACAGCCCCUCCGACCAGCAGAUGAAGACCAUCGGAAUCAAUUUGGGCAACGUGACCGGUCCUCUUCAGCUCCCAAUGUUCACAUCAAUACAAUCGAGCCAGUCAAUAUUGAUGACUUGAUUAGAGACCAGGGUUUGCGAGGAGAGGGAGCCCCUUUGAACCAGCUGAUGCGCUGUCUUCGGAAAUACCAAUCCCGGACUCCCAGUCCCCUCCUUCAUUCUGUCCCCAGUGAAAUAGUGUUUGAUUUUGAGCCUGGCCCAGUGUUCAGAGGUUCAACUGCAGGUUUGUCUGCAACACCUCCCGCCUCUUUGCCUGGGUCACUCACCAAUGUGAAAGCGUUACAGAAAUCACCAGGACCCCAACGGGAACGGAAAUCAUCCUCAUCCUCAGAAGACAGAAAUAGAAUGAAAACCCUUGGUCGACGGGAUUCAAGUGAUGAUUGGGAGAUACCAGAUGGACAGAUCACAGUUGGACAAAGGAUAGGAUCUGGAUCAUUUGGAACAGUCUACAAAGGGAAGUGGCAUGGUGAUGUGGCAGUGAAAAUGUUGAAUGUUACGGCACCUACACCUCAACAGUUACAGGCUUUCAAAAAUGAAGUAGGAGUGCUCAGGAAAACACGUCAUGUGAAUAUCCUGCUUUUCAUGGGUUAUUCAACAAAACCCCAGUUGGCUAUUGUUACACAAUGGUGUGAGGGGUCCAGCUUAUAUCACCAUCUACACAUCAUUGAGACCAAAUUUGAAAUGAUCAAACUAAUUGAUAUUGCACGACAGACUGCACAAGGCAUGGAUUAUUUGCAUGCCAAGUCAAUCAUCCACAGAGACCUCAAAAGUAAUAAUAUUUUUCUUCAUGAAGACCUCACAGUAAAAAUAGGUGAUUUUGGUCUAGCUACAGUGAAAUCACGGUGGAGCGGAUCCCAUCAGUUUGAACAGUUGUCUGGAUCUAUUCUAUGGAUGGCACCAGAAGUUAUUAGGAUGCAAGAUAAAAACCCAUAUAGCUUUCAGUCGGAUGUGUAUGCAUUUGGGAUUGUUCUUUAUGAAUUGAUGACUGGGCAGUUACCAUACUCAAACAUCAACAACAGGGACCAGAUAAUUUUUAUGGUGGGACGAGGAUACCUAUCUCCAGACCUCAGCAAAGUACGGAGCAACUGUCCAAAAGCUAUGAAGAGACUAAUGGCAGAAUGCUUAAAAAAGAAGAGAGAUGAGAGACCCCUUUUUCCACAGAUUCUUGCCUCCAUUGAGCUUCUGGCCCGGUCAUUGCCAAAAAUUCACCGCAGUGCAUCUGAGCCCUCAUUAAACCGGGCUGGCUUCCAGACAGAGGAUUUUAGUCUAUAUGCUUGUGCUUCUCCAAAAACGCCCAUCCAAGCAGGGGGAUACGGAGAAUUUGCAGCGUUCAAGUAGCCACAGCACCAUGGCAGCACCCACUCUGUUAUUUAAGUCUUGUGUUCCUACAGUUUCUUAACAUCAAAACUCUAUUCUGCUCCGCAAAACCUAAAGUAAUUUAGAAAAGAUAUCCAUAAGCUUAAAAGUGGAGCAGAAUGGAACUGCCAGUCCAACACAAUGGGAAAAAGUACCUUUUUGGGAACCAGAAUCCUCUGCUGCCAGUGUUUCUCCUUCAACACAAACCACCACAUGCAUUCGGAGACCCGCAGUGGCUGCCUGUGCCGUUGGCAUCAUUCCCAGGAGAGAGGAGAGUGCGCUCGUGGUUUGACUGUGGUGCUCGGGCAUGAGGGGAUGGAACUGCUGCUGCAACUUAGGAGACUUGCUUUGGAUGGUCUGCCGGUCGGCUUUCUCCCUCUAACAACGUACCAUCAGAGGCUGAAAAUCUGAUGAGUGCUAAUUUAAAAGAAUCAUCCUCCAUUCCGAUCUUUUUUUUCCCAGUGUACUCACUGAUUUGUGGACAAUGCAGUAUCCCCUUUUCACUGUAUUACAGUGUCAAACACCUAAAUCUGUCUAUAUUAUUGGGUUUUAUUCCAGUAAAAUUAAAAGUGUGGGGUGAUGGGAGCUGGAGAAGAUGUUACUCAAAAGACGAAGAGGUUAAUCUGAAGGAAAAGGGGAUGCUGCUGCACCUUUUUUCAGAUUUACUUUAUCACUUCUUUAAAAAACAAACAACAACCACCAACCUUAACCUUUUUCCUUUUCCAGUAUUUUCUUGGUGUGUGCAUAUACAACAUCUUUUAGAAGGAUUAGGUAGAUCCUUCUUUUGUUGGUCCAGCAACAAACUGAAGUUUAAAAAAAAAAAAAAAAAAAAAUUUAGCGAGAUUGUCCUCUCUGUUUAUUUUUUUCUUUUGUAUCAUAUGAUACAAUGUGUUUAUCAAAGAUGCUACCGCAGCAUCUGAAGUCUGUAGAAUUCCUGAUACAGACUGUGAAUGGUGUAUGUACCUACUUUAAAAGUUUUAUUUUAAAUGAGGGUGCAGGUUAAUGCCAGGUACCUUACCAAUAUGUAAUGUUUUCAUAAAUGGGAAAAAAAGUUCUCAGGUUGAAUUGAAUAGAAAUACAAAACCCCCUAGAAUUAGACAUUCCGAAAAUUAUGUUUUGGUACUUUCGAGAGCUUUUUUUAAAGGAUUUUUAUCCUGUUAACUAAAUGUCCUCUGAUAAGUGUGUGUGUAAAUGUGGAGCAUCUUGUCCUAAAGGCAAGUUGUUAGAUCAAAACAAAACGGUACUUGCUGGAUCCACGCUGACUACUUCUCCUCUCAUUGCUUUCUUCCCUGUCAUCUCUUCCCUCCCUCCCGUUUGUCUUUCCCUUUUGUACACUUUGCAAACUAGGAUGAAGGUGGCGGUAUCUCCAUUAGAGUGCUUUGCUUUCCUGUCCUCCAAUCCUGGUUUUCAAAUGGUUGGUAGCUUUUUGACAAGUUACCCAGUCAGGGAAAAAACAACUGGUAAAGUUCUGCACAUCAUUUACCUCUAGUAGAAUAUCUUGUGAUGUGAUCUGUUUGCAGAGUUCUCUGGUAUGUGGUAUUACAUGUAAAUUAUUUGUACAGAGGCAAGUCAGACCACAUUAGAAAGAAAUUCAAGCUCAAACAGAAGUUUUCAGAAUUUGAUUCCUAUCUGCCCUGUACCACUCCAGGUGAGGCAGGAGAACCGACCCCCCUCUAGCGGGGAGGUUCUUGCUGGGAGGAGGUGGGGGUUGUUAAACAAAGUCAUGACAAAUAAAUGAAGGAGUUAAAUGUGUGUGAAUGUGGUGUCUGUGCUAAACAUGGGUGCAUUGGGUGAGGACCCUGUCCUUCCCUCCCUAGGAGAGUUGGACUGUUUCUGUCUAGAGAAGGUUGCUCCCAGGCGAAGGGAGAAACGCACAUCGGUAGUGGAACGUGCUUUUAAAACCCUGGAGUUCUGCGGUGUUGCUGGUAGUCUGUUAUGUUUGUCAGUAAAUAUUUACUGGGGUUAUAGGGACUGGACUAAUCUGAAGUGGGAAUUAUAACUGAAAUACUGUGUAUUCAUAUUAAUUCCACAAACAUUAGCAAGACAGCAAUAGUGAAUGACUUAAUAGUCACUACAAGAAUGAAGUGAUUCAUGUUGGUACAUGAAUAGAAUUGAUUUUGUGUACAGGAUGCAUUUUAAAAAAAAAAAAAGCACAAAUUUUUUCUUGUCUGCUGUGGGUCUUCAGAUGCUGUAAGAUUUUUUUUCCUUAUUGAGAUUGGCAGGAAUUUAAAUAGUAGCAAUAGCCACUUUCCAGUGUGGAGAAGGUAACGAGGGAGCGGUGGUGUGCAGACGGGUGAAAUCGGAGUGCUCCCUGGUGAUCAUCUGAGGCCAAUACCUAAGAGGUGGAAGGAGCCUGGGACCACUGGGGUCAGCAGGCAGGUGAGAGCAUUUACAGACUCCCAGAGGGUGAAUGGUCACUGCUCAUUCUCAUUCCACCCCGUGCGUUGCUCCAGCCCCUGUAUGGGCUGUAGCCUAAUUUGUACAUGUCGGGCAUACUGGAAAUUAAUGUUCUCUCAAAAGAAACUGUUAUCGGAGCAAGUAUGUACAGGUGGUUCAACAGUCAUUUGUUUCACAGAGCUUGUUAAGAGCCCUAGUUUCCUUCCACAAGGUCAUGCUGGCAGAAGAUCGUCUGCUAAAAUACAACUGUUAGGAAUUUCAUUCCAUCUUUGCUUAAAAUGAACUUACUUUUGUGAAGAUUCAUUACCCAUUAGUCUACAAUAUGCUUCUUGAGCCCAUAAGAAAAGCACAAGGAAAACUGCUAUCCUUGUCCAUGCAAAGCACUUUAUAAGUAACACAUGAUCUCUGGGUUUUUUUUAUUGGGGUUUUGUUUGUUUGUAGUUUUGUUUUUCUGUUUUUUGGGUUUUUUUUCCCUGAGGAAUGUGCAAGUUGUUUGGCUGCUGUUUAGAGAAGUCCUUUCAGGAUGCAUUUCUACUGGUUUUCACGUUUGUGUGUUUCCCUCCAGAUAGCUGUAGUAAUGUGUGUUUGUUUGUAAGAGGUCCCACAUAGUACUCAUGCAAAACUUUGGAAGAAACUUGGUUUGUAAAUAAUUGGGAUUAUUUUUUUUUUUUUUUAAUCUUUUCCUUCAGGAGUUUUUCUGGAUGUCUUGUAUGCCAUCAGAACCAGUCUUAAAGGUGCCCUAUAGAUGUCUAGUGAAUGGGGAGAUAAGAGUAGACAAGAACUGAGUGCCCUGUAUAGCAGUGCAAUGAAGAAAGUAAAGUGAAAUGACCAAUACAUUCGUGUCCAUUACACCAAAUUUCUUAAGCUUCUCUGUGGUGUCCCAACCACAAGCUCAUGGCAUAGUAUGGAAAUGUUAGUACAUAUUUUGUGUACGCGUGUUGGGACAAACAUCUAGAGAGUCAUACUGCUUUUAGCUCUGCAGUAUCUAGUAUCUAAUAAUUAUUUGCAAACCUACCAGUAUCCAAUCCCAGAUAUUCAUGUCUUUUAUUAACCACACAUACACCCUCCCCUCUGCCUUUCCUUUUCCAUACAGUUAGAAGAGGCCUGUUACCUGUUACAUCUUCCCUGUCAGUACGUGAUUGUUUCCUGCGGCGUAUUUGCUGGAACUGGAACAUUGUAGUGGAGCUUAAACCAAAUGGUAUAAGUAGAGGCCUGGUUAUUUUGAAAGUAAUUUCUGCGUGAAUUAAGUCGUACAUAGGCCAGAUACAAUUAGUCCAGUCAUUUCUUUUUUGCCAAACUCAUGUAGGUCAUUAAAUUAAUCUAAUUCUGCUUUUUAUGCUUACCUAAAAUCAUCUUUUCUUGUACUUGAAUGCUCUCGCAGCUGAUGAUGAUGAUGCAGAAUGUUUGAGGCCAAAUAUUGCCAUCUUAUCGUGGCCUCUCAACAUCACUUGGAUUAGUAUGUGCUCAUUAGAGGCAGAAUUUGGCCUUCAUGACAUAAAAUGAGUGAAAUGCUGACUGUUGAUAAAUACCAUGUCUUUCCACAAAUGCCCAAAUCAGAGGAAAAAUUACACUGAAGAUCAUGCAUAAAUAGGUUUGCUUCUGUGUUUGCCUGGUGAUGUAAAUGCAUCCAGCAUUUUCCAGAACAUUUGGGGAAGCCAGAUCCCCAGAAACCUCACAAACAAGUACAAGUUGAAGUUUUGAUAGCUGGAGGGGCUAAAUUUAAGGGAGAAGCAUGUAGACAUUUCACACUUCUGCAGCCUAUAGAUUUCAUUCCCUUGACUGUGAGUGCAGCAUGUGUAGCACAAACUAUUCAUUGUACUGUAGAUAUGUCUUCUGUCUGUUGAAAAAAGUAUCACCAGUAGCACAAUGUGACAGGCAAAGCUUCUAGGUACAGCCAAGUUCAGUUAAAAAGCAGUUGCAUGAGUGGACUGUUACAGCAUCACUUUGAAGGUGCUGGGUGUUCUGGUUUUCUGUUAACGCAUUUUACAUAGAAGUUUAUGAAACAAACUUUCUGUUUACUGCAGCCUUGUUAAUACACAUUUGCACUUCGUAUUUGUUUUGGCAUGCAUUUUAAAUAUCUUUCUUCAGUGCUUCAUUGCUUCUUACCUAGUAAAUAAAAUUAUCAGAAGAGCAGAGCAAAGUUGUUAAAACUUUCUCUUUGCAUUUAAGUUUCAAGGAUGCUAACACAGAAGCUACCAAGUCAGCACCAUAACAGCAGUAAAUAACUACGAAGCUGUGGAAGGAGGAAACUUUAAACACUGCAGAAUAUAGAGUAUACAAAGAACAAAUUCACAUGAAAACUAGCAUAUCUCUCUUCUUGAGAAGAGAGAGCUACCAAGACCCUCUGUUAUAUGGUUUACAUAGGGAUCCCCCAAAACAGUCUUUGCAGUUUGCCAAAUGAUCAUGUGCCUUUGCAACCUUAAAAAGUACAACAGAAUGUAAACCAGGUGCUUUGUAACUAGAGCAGUGGCUUUGGUUUACUUCUGAUGCAGUAGUUUUGUAUAUAGCUAUUACUAUAGGUAGGUAGUUUGGGGCUGGUAAAUGUCUGUAAAAGAGCAAGGAGAGCAGAGAGCAUUCCCCAAAAUACCUAUGAUCAUUUCAAAGCUAGGAAUUGAAGGAUACCUAAUUCAGUUACAGUAAACCUGCUGCUUGAAAUCUGCUCUAUUGAAAGUUAAAUGAGGUUCAUUUAAUUUAAAAAUAGAUAAGCCCUCCUCCCCCUCCAAAGACACAAAGAUCUUAUUAAAAGAAAGCUCGUAGAAAGCUCCAGAGAGGCCUAAAGUUACACUGUCAUAGCAUCUCGGAAUGAGAUGGUGGAUGAAAAAUGAGAGCUAGAUGAGGAGAAAUUGGUGGCUAGUACUCAUGUAAUCAAAGUCCACAUAUAUCAGACCGUACAAUUAAUUCCCUGGCCCAGAAAGUGCAAUUAAUUUUGUUUUCUGGAAUAUCAGCAGGUUUCCUUAGUUCUUUCUUGGGUCUCUUGCAGUUACUCUUCAGUGAUCGCAUAUUGUUAUUGCACGUGAACUGUGGGAGAUGGUAGGUGUCUUGUCAGCUGAGGGACAACCAGUGUGUUUGAAUUUGAUUUAUUCAAAUUUCAAACCGGUUACAUAGACUUCUGGCAGUACCUACAUACCAGUGUCAUAUUUAACCUACUUGUCCAUAAAGGACAAAAUAAUGGGUUUUGGUAUUAGUGCUUUUUCAGGUCUUUUCCUUUCCUUCUUUGGGGCAAGACUUUGGGCAUAAUUGUAAAUUACAAAGUUAUGUCUAAAUGCACAGUUCAUACGAAAUAUCAGACCAAUUUUAAUUUGGUUUUGUUCCUUUUAGAAAGCAAAGUGUAAAAACUAAUGUUCCAGGAACUGUCUGGAAUCCUACCACCUACCCCAAAUUCUGUACUAAAAGUGAGAAGAUGGUAUUCUGUCCUUUUUAAAAAAAAAAAAAAAAAAAUUCACAAAGAAACUAUUUCCCUAAGAGAAGGUUGCUGGUGGGAGGGUUUAGAAACUUGUAAGCUACCUAGGCAUUUGCUUCAUAGCAUCACAGCAGCAAUGUGUUCAGCUCAUCCGGCCUCCUUAAGAGCCAACAGUGGCCUGUCUGGUCAUUUUUGUCUCGUUUGUCGCGUUUGCAGCAGCUGUACUUUAGAAUAAGCCUUGUGUGACAUUUACUUUUGAGUGAGUAAACCACAAAAAAAUAACUAUAUUUUCUUUUUUGUUUGGGUUUGGGAAAUGGUUGGGUUUUGUUUUGAUAAAUGUCAUUCUGUGUUGCAUUUGUGUAUUCACCCUAGCUGAAAAGAAAAUCUGUGUGUUUGGGAGUUCAGUGGAACAUUAGCAGAAGAAACGAAGCCCACCAUCUGGGCAUGGAUGUUGGGUCUAGAGGGCAAAAUGGACCAAACUUGGGUGUUGGGUUAUUUUGGGAUGGUGGGGGGUACAGAGGGCAUAAUUUAAAUUAACUCUGUCUAAAAUAAAAUGUAAGUGCAAUAAAUGUGCUUUUUUUUAUUCAAAGCUGUGAACCUUUAGGGAAAAAAAAAAAAAACACACAAAAAAAAAUCAACAAAAAAAAAAUGCACAUCAUUCCUUCAUGAGCCUUGUGUCCUACCUGCCUCCCCUUCCUCCCCCCGUCUCCACACUUCUCAACUGACAGAAACCUGACAGUGGCCAACUUGCAUGUGUUGGCAGCCCAAAUUAACGUUGCUUUUCUUCUGAUCUCAUUUGUUGGGAUUGGGGGAAGUCCUGCCCCCUGCUACCCUUGAAAUCCCUCUGGGAUCCAGUGCUGACCUGUGCCGCUAGAGCAGGGUCUACUGCUAUUUGGGAUGUACGAGCCAGCCCACCUGCGCUGUGGUCAUCCUGACUGCAGGUGCAGUGUUCCUCCUGCCCCUUCCUCCUCCAGUUGUAACUUCCCUCCCCACCUCGUGUCAGGUGUAGUGAUGGUCUCCCAGGGCUGCGCAGGUGAUACUUUUCUUAAGCAAUUGCAAAAGUAAUCAGUCAUCAGCUGCCUAAUUGGAUCCCUCUUCCCCUUUGUCAAACCACACAUGCAGGCUGGCCACUGUUGCCUUCUGUGACUCUGCCUUGUUUUGAAGGAGCAGGUAUACAUGUUUGUAAUCUGUUGUGCAUUACUUGCACUGUCUGUCUUUCUUACUUGAGCGCAGGCUGCUUUUCCUAGAUUAGGAAAGGUGCACCGGUCUCUUGGGGGGGUUUCCACGAGAGGCACAAUGCAUAUGUUUCAUUAAGAAGUGAUGGAAGGUGUAGCACUCAGUAGUUGGACCCUAUGGGGGAGUAAGAGAGGACUGGCUUGUUUAAAGUUUAUAGAUAUACAGAUCUAUAUCCUUUAAACUUGAUUAUUUUUAUAUAUAGUCAAGACAAUGGCAUUACCUCAUAAUACAGAGGCUUGUUUAUGAGAGGCAAAGUAUCUAGUAAGGAGAGGAAAGGGAGAUUUAUAUACAGAUUUGAUUUGUUUGUUUGUUCCUUAGUGCAAUGAAAUGUAUGCCCCACCAAUUUAAACUCUGUGCUAACACAACAUUCCUUUCAGCUGGGUUUUUUUUUUGGUUUUUUUUUUUUUGACCACCAGAGGUCUGUGAGGGGCUUAUGACUGCAAAGUAGAAGGUCCAGUCUGGUUACUUAAAAAAAAACAAUUGUGUUAGUAGAUUUCCAUAGCUGCUUUUUAAAAUCUACAAUGGAGUAAUUGUUUUGAAACUUGUAUUUAUUUUUUAAUUCAUAACAAAAUGUUUGGUUUUGGUUUCCUGUUACAUAGAUCAUGGCAACUCCCCUUCUUUCCUUCUACAAGUUUCCCCUGUAAUUGCCAAUACAACUUAUUUUUCUUGUUUGUUCCUUCCCCCUUUACUUUUGUUGUCCCUUCAUUUGUACUUUGGAAUUUUUCUCAUGUAAAUUUGUACAAUGGGAAAUAUUGUCCAGUUUGGUUAGAGAGCAUGGAGACUUAAAACAUAUUAAAAUUUGAUAGCUGAAUUCAGAUUGAAGAAAACUAUUUCUGUGUAAAGUUAUUUAAAGAACUCUGUAUUAUAUAAAAGGCAAAAAGUUCUAUGUACUUGAUGUGAAUAUGAGAAUACUGCUAUAAUAAAGAUUGACUGCAUGGAAAAGCCUGAA